UUCAGUCUGUGGUUGGAUGGAGUGUUACCUCUAGUGAUGGACCGAGAGACUACGGCUCAAGAAAAAUGUUUUCAGAUUCUGGAAGAUGUACUUAUCAGUAACAUUGUCCCUCAAUCAAAGUUAGUAAAUGGAACGUUUUUUGGUCUGAGUUUCGGUGAAAUGCCCUAAACCACAGCCCAUUAGACCUAGCCAACAGAACAGGCUCUAUUUUUUCACAUUUUUCAGGUGAGCAGAAGGGGGUAUGGAGCGCAAAACAUGCUCAAUGGGGAAAGGUGGAUAAUUUUCUCCGCUCCGAUCUUCCACCGUUGCACAUGUCUGGAGCUGCACAUCCACCUCAUGCUCAUCAUAAAAAAUGCAAAAUAUUAUCACCUGUUCUGCAGUCUAGUUGAGCCAACUCCAAGAACACAGUGUACCAUUGUACAAUGUGAUCUAGAUGUAAUGUUUACUCUAAUAAUCCUUCCUUGUCAACCAUUGUUUAGAUCAACUAAUCAGUGCCAUAUUCUUACAUGGAAUCUACUGGAUCAAAUUGCCAGCCCCGCAGGACAAGAAGUUAGGUAAGCAUUAAGUGGAGAUCAGCCUAAUUGAACAAGAAGUGAUAAAUUUGAAAAAGAGCCUUCAAAGAUUUGUUUAUUUUACCUGGGGUUAAUUGCUAUAAUGCAGAGUAAAGAAAAGAACAAUAACACUUGGAAAUCGUAUUUACUAAGAGAUUGAAAAGUGCUUCAUUUAAAUUUCUGCAGACGCUAUCUUCACUUUGCAUUUCAACACUGGUCAAAACAGAACAGAUUAUCAAGCAAUUUGGUGAAGUCACUGAUAUCUCACAUUGAUUCUGAGCAUAACAAGGUACAAUCUGUUGAUAUUUAAAGUAUUAUUCAGGUUUUCGUGUUGAAAGAUGUUAUAUUAAUUUUGUUAUGUCUUGAGUCUAAGACCCCCAAAACAUCUGAGCCUCCAAAAGGAGUAAAACCCAUGGCAUCUUAUAAUGUUAGGGGCGUAAUUUAACCAUUGACCUACUACAUGGAGGAUGUAUGCUCUCAUAGUGUUCAUACAUGUAUAGUAUUUGAUAUUCCUUACGCAUGUGGUAAGGGUAAAAAACACUGGAUGCAUCAUCAGUGGUGAUAAACAUUGAAAGACGGCAAAUUUUAGUGGUGGAGAAAAAAUGGGAAAGAUGUUUUUUCCCUUUUUUUAAUACUGUGCAAGUAUGCCAUGUGCUUCUCAAUGAAAGUUACUCUCCCCCUUGACUUGCAGUCAGCAUGGCUUUGUCUCGCAGAGAUUGGGUCAUCAUCAAAUAAACUGGAUCAUUCUUUUGUGGUUAAAAGUUGGAACGAAUACUCUCAAGGAUUGAAAGGUUUGUCUUUUAGGCCUUUAAUCUGCAGUUGGCACUGGAAAAGACUUGUCAUUGUCAGGAUUGACAGCUGAUGUCAGAUCCUUACACUAUAAAGUUCUGUAAAUAAUGACUUUUAAUGAUCCGAGUGACAUUGGUUUGCUUCAAAUAUUUCACAAGGUUUCAUCUUUCUUCCUAUAGAAUCUGUUAUAAUAAUAUUGUUUUUAACUUAUUAGUUUUGAGAAUGUAGAGGACACAUUUUUCACCAAGUGAGAAAUUUGAUGAUAGAUGGCUUGAAAAAAUGUCCCUUGUGGCUAUUUUUUGAUAAGUUAAACUUUUCAAACAGCUUGCAUUUUAACAUUAUGCUUACUGCUAUGGCCUACAACAACUGUGUUAUAUACCUUAUUGGUACUAAAUUUUAGCGAUUUUGGGGGGUGGGAUUUCAUUUUCGUGAUUUUAACGAGUAAACAUGAAAAAAGAGCAUUAAAUUUCUCAAUUUAAGUACUCUCAACUUCAUUUUCUUCUUUUAAAAGUCUGAACCUUUAAGAAAAUUAGAUAAAACAAGCAAUGUGUGAAAUCUUUGCAAACUAAUGUCAUUUCACAAUGGAAGGUACAAAACGGAGCUUACCAGUAAAACCAGAAAGCAAUCUGUGUUUGUCGAUACAUGUUGUUAUUACAUGUCAGUUGUUAUUUGAAUUUUCUUUGUGGGUAUCAAAUUUUGCGUGCUUUUAAUUUAACAAGGAUUUAUUUUUGUGGGUCUUUAAUUUCACGAUUUAUUUUACGAUCACAAAAAACGUGAAAUUUAAGACCCUGAAAUUAAGUACCAAUAAGGUAUGUUUUUACUGUCUGGUUUAUUUCUCAGACUAUGAUUGUGAGACGGUUUGCCGUAUUCUUGCUGUGUUGGGGAGUAAUGCCCCUCUCCUUCCCUCUGAUGCUGUUAGUACACUUAUAGGUGGGUUUAUAAUUAGUUAGUUUAGACCUUUGAAGGGAAAAUAAAUUUAAGCUUAGGAGUGUGCAGAUUGGUAAAAUUGUGGCUAGACCACCAGGGCCCAGUUGUUUGAAGACCAAUUAGUGCUAACCCAGGGUGAAAUUUUAACCUGGGUCUCUUUCUCUUUUAAUCAAAACAAUUUUCUCAAACAAUUUUCUCUAUUCUUUUUAGAGGAGCCAAUCAUCAAAUUGUUGAUAGAAAGAAAUAAACUGAAUUUGCUUUUUAAGCUCUCAUAUCUGAAUUCAAAUUUCGAACUAACCCUGGGUUAUCGUAACCCAGCUUUGAACACCUCAGCCCAGAACUGUAAAGCAGGGUUUGUACAGGUCAUUGAAAACCUGAAAAGUCAUGAAAUUCAUUCUCCAGGGAGGAAAGUCAUGGGAAAUUAAAGUUAUGUUAGAUAUAUUAUAUAGACUGCAUAUGUCAAAGCAAGGACAAUUUGAGACCGUGUCCAAUAAUUAAAUGACAUGGAUUUUACUGGACACCAAAGUUUGUGUCUGUUGAACUGAGUUAGGUAAAAAAAAAUACUCUGAAACCAGGAAAUUUUUAAAAAAUACUCAACAAACCCUAAGGUCAUGGAAAAAGUCAUGAAAGGUCUUGGAAUAAAUUGAAAGAGCUCAAAAGAAUACGAACCCUGUAAAGAAGUGAUGCCAUCACGCAAACUGAAUUAUAAUGUGGUAUGUAAAUAAAAACAAAAUGUGAUGUAAAACAAAAAAAAUCGAUUUAUUAUCAUCAUUUUUAUUUUUCUGCCCAGGUGACCUUCAGCGUAAGCUGAUUAUGUUUGAUUGUUCACCUGACGUCAUUGCAGCUAUCAUUGCUACUCUCUGCAAGGUAUUCCGUCAGUCAUGACUACUUUUUUUCUAACUUAAAAUGUGUGUGAUGUUUUUCAGAGUAAAUUAGAGACCUUUUGAUUUUAAUUCGAGGACGACUUACAAGAGCGAGAUCUUCUCAAUACUAUGAGAAGUGUGCACACAUGAACCCAUUUCGCUGGGAAAAUGCGAUAGCCCUCAUCGUUCUACCACAGGUUUUAGUGAAAAUGUCGUAGUGACGGAAACAAAUUAUCAAAUGUUAAGAGUUUUAUCAUAAAUUGAUCGGGAGAGGGCUUCAUGUCCUGUAACAAAAAUAACUGUGUUAAGUUUCCUUGUGAAUAAAAGGAAAAUGAAGCUUUCCUGGGUUUCUAUUUUUUUAGAAUACACAAAAAUACGUUAAGUUAAAUCUCGUCCUCAUACUCCUGAAGAGCUCUAAUGAUUCCUCGACCUGGUUAAUCUGAUAAAUGAAGCAGUUAAUAACAUGCAAUCUACACUUCCUUUUUUGCAGCUGUGUAAAGUACAGCCAGAGGAAAGGGUAAAUGAAAAAAAUUGUUUGAUUCUUUUGAAGAUUUCACUCGUGAAGGAUAGUGGAAUAUUACAAAUAACUGCUGUCUUAAAAGAAUGAAUUAUUAUUUCAACAGAUUUUAGUUUAGAGCGGUUUUCACUUGACUGUCGAAAGGGAUUGGUUUUGGUUUUGGUUUUGGUUUUACUACGCCCUUUGGUUGGCUAGUGUAUUUACUUUGGUUUUGGUUUUACGACAGUCAAGUGAAAACCGCUCUAAUUAUCAUCGUCAGACUUGACUUUUCUAACAACAAUAUUCAUUUUCAUUCUUUUACAUAAAUACUAUCAACAAUAGCAACCUACAAACAGUAAAGUCAUUCAGAUUUUUUAUAAAUUGAUUACAAUAUUACCAAUUGUAUCUCAGUAUUAGAUACUAUGUACACUAAACAUAAGUUUUUCUCGUAACAUUGUAAAUUAUCAUGGGCUUCAAAAUAAUUAUUAGCUUUUUGUUUUUAUUUUCACAGGGAAGUACAGAUCACUGGUGUUCCGAUCUUUUAAAGGCUUCAGAGGAAUUCCUCUCCAGUGUUGCCUUAAAGCACGGUGCAAUAACUGAUGAGGAACUACUCAUGCGACACUUGUUUACUGUGGGGGAGGUGGCACAGGUGCAUGUCAACUGGUUGUUAUAAUCUCUUUGGGCAAAUAUCUUUAACUUAUGUGAUCUACGAACUGGUAAAAAGGGUUCUACUACCCCUUACAAAAAUCAUACUAACUAUAUGCAUAAAUCAAUCGAUCGUUAAAAAUAUGUCGUGUUUUCAUGUGUUGCAAAUUCUGCCAUGUUCACCAAAGUAGAGAAAUUACAUUACUCAGAUCACAAUAGAGUGCCCUUUUUAAAUUAGGUUUAUAUGACAGAAAUGUAAUGAAACAUGAUCAAAGCAUCCAUACUUGAUACGUUUUAGCAUGUUAACAGAGGUGACUCUUCAUUUAUAUUGUUUUCCAAGAAUUGUUGUAAAGAUAUAGAUCCACAAUGCACUGCAAAUACUAAACAAUUAUAGCAACAGCUAUGUCCAAAACGCCAUGGCAAAGAAUCAAAAUCUACCAGUAAGUAAGGUUAUUUUUUUAUGAUCCACUUGCAGCUUGCACCAACGAAGACCACAGAGCGUCUGUUCAUGUUCGUGGAAUCCAUGUUGAUAUCUCAUAGCAGCAACAAAGAAGGUAAAGUGGUCCAGCCCGGCUGUGCACUCUUUAAAGGAAGGUGACUCGUUUUCUCACAGAGUUAUAGAAUGAUGUCUAUUUGGCUUUGUCUUAAGCUGUUUUGAAAUGAUAAAUGUCACUUUUCCAACUUGAAUUAUUAAAAAUAUUUUAUAGUUUUUGAAUUACAGGCUCAAAAAUAACUUAAAUUCCAGCUUAUUCUGUGGAAAAGCCGCUCUCAUAUUUUUCUUGCCCCGGGCCAUCGUUAGUCUGCUAAAAACGGCUGUGUAGCAGACUAGGCCAUCGUGUGCUUGUCUUGUUGAACACUUGCUUGGACCCUCGCCUACACUGCAGGAAGCUUAAAAAGUUACUUACCAAGAAAUCUACUUCUUGAGCCCAGAAUUUCUGGAUUGUCCACAAGUAAAAAAGUGUCAUAUUCAUUAAAGUAAUUAUGCCCUUUAUUUCAGAUCCUCUUCAAAAAUUAAAUCUUUCGCCACCAGUUAAAGCUCAUGCUUUUGUCACUCUUGGUAAGUAGUCUCAGUGCGGCCCGCUCAAACUGUUCCUCUAGGCAAUGGUUGUUUAUAGAGUUACUCAAAGAUUUUAUACCAAUCAAUAUAAAAUCAGGUAUAAUAUACAGCAACCUGAAAGUUUGGAUGGUUACCUUAUCUUUUAAAACCACUGUUUUAUAACUUUAAAUUAAAUAGCUAUGCACAUCUAAGGGGUAUUGUCCACGCAUUUAUAAUGCUGGCAGUAUGCGAGUAAGAACUGUGUUAAACAACAGGGAACUUACGGUCACUUUAGAUGAAUAAAUGGAUACAAGUGACAGUUUUGCUUUAGGAAUUUUUCUCACUUACAGGAAAAUUGUGCCUUCAAAAUGAAGAUCUAGCAAAGCAGUGUAUCGCAGCACUUGCCAGGGAACUAGAAACUUCAAAUGAUCCAGCCAUCCGAAAUAACGUCACCGUAGUAAUGUGUGACUUGUGUGUCAGGUAAACAUUGAUUCUUUGCCAUAACUUCUUCUCCAUUUUAAAAUUGAAGAGAUAAUUCAGAAUAAAACCACAUAUUGCAACGCUAACUCUCCGUAGAAAAGCUGUGUAGUCAGAACUACAAGUCCUCUCACAUGCCUCUAUUUUUAAAAUCUACUCAUACGUUCAGGCCGUAUACAACUUCUCAGUUACAGGGCUUUGAGGAGGGUUACAAAUGGAGCAUUUUUUUAUUUAAUUAUUUGUUCACAAAAUACAUUCAAUUUCCUUGUUUGAAUUCAAACAACUCUUAAAGACAUCGCAAAUGAGUCAAUAAAGUAUGUCAUUAUUAAAGCAACAGCGAUCAUGAAUAUCCGAUAUGGAAAAGAAGGGAUUACAUCUGAUGAGUGGACAGGGGAGGGUUGUAAAUAAGUUGGUUCAUAAGUGGAAUAUAUUUUUCGUUUUCAUGGGCCGGUGAGCGGGGAUUGCGUUGGCUUAUAACAAAACUGCGAGUAGUCUGCUAUUUUCCAUAGAGAUAGAAAACUGAGCGAAGUACACAAGCGCGUGUGAAAAUCGCUACACCCAAGGAGGGUAACAAACUGAACCGGAAUUAAUAUGUAAUAUGUGGCUUUUUUGUCCCGUAAUGAACAGUUCUGCGAGAAAUGACAGGAUGGCCAUCCUACGAAACCGUUUCAAUUCUGCAUCUCUUAGAGCCAAUAUAUUUUUAAGUUGUAAAAUAAACUUUUCUCGUCGCAUUCAGGAGAACUGAUGAUGUGUUAAAUUGUCGUCAAUUGUUACUUAUUAUCACUGAUUUUUUUUUUAUAGGUACACCAGUCUCGUUGAUCGCUAUGUUCCAAACAUUGCUGCUUGCCUUAAGGACGGUACAUCACUUGUGCGAAGACAAACACUUACCCUCCUCACCCAUCUACUGCAGGUAUCAAAGUCAACACAUUUGUCUUCCGCUGUGUCGGUUUAUCUGUAUCUUGUGUAAAAACGAUCAUAACACCAUUUAUUGUAGUAAUCACGCUUGAUAAGUUCUUGAAUUUGCAAGGGUUUUCCAUCACAUGAAACUGCAGAGAAGUGUCAGAUAUAUUUAUAUAAAAGGGGACCAUGACAUAUUUGAGUAUGACUCUAGACUUGAAAAAAAAAACAUUCAUACAAAAUUAGCAAAUGUGAUGUGGUGUUGGACGUUAAAUUUGGCUGGACGUUUCUCGAAAGGCUCUAUGUAAGUCAAAUUCGAUGCUACAAAUUUGUGCAGUGAUUGCAGAUCAUUUUUGAGUUCUAAUCACAGACAAUAAAGUCCUGUUAUUAAUAAGUAAGUUUUAAGUGUAUCAUUAUUAUUUUUAUUAUUUUAUUCUGAUUAUUAUCUUUAGGAAGACUUUGUUAAAUGGAAGGGUGCUUUGUUUUACCGCUUUGUUACAACACUGGUUGAUGAAGAUGUGGAGAUUCGCAAGUUUGGUUUGUAGCAGAAUUUAGUCACAUUAUUUAUUGAUGUUAUGCUAUGACGUCUUAUUUUUGUUGUUGUUUUAUGGCUAGGAAGUUUUAGCCUUCGUAGUCGGCGGGAUCAUGUUAGUCUGCCAUCGCUGUUUUCGUCCCUAGACUGGCUACUAUCUUUGACUUUGGGUAGAUUUACUUACACUAUUUAACAAUUAUUCCUCGAGCCCAAAUGGGCUGUGAGUCAAUAGCUCAGAGGCCAUGAGGGCGAGACGAAUAAUUGUUUUAGUAAAAUUCCACUAGUUGGUCAAAAAUAUCGAGACAAAACAACUUUCGCUAGCAAAACACGAUUCAGCCGCCGUUGUUUUGGUUUUCAAAGCAGGCGCUUUUCGCUGCUAGUGGGCUAUAACACAUAGUCUACAGUAGUAGUAGCUCAACCAAUCAGAACGUUCCGGUCGUAAUUUUUUACUGUUUUAAAUCUUGAAAACUAAAAAUCCUAGCAGGCAAAUACGACAGCUGUACGCAUAUGCUGCCUGCUAAUUAAUCGAUCCUUAAUCACUACUGUUUGCUUGUAGAGUGAGAAAUUGUCGGUAAACCUUGCACCUCUGUAAUUCAGGGAAGUGAAACCAGCUUAAGCUCAACAAGGAGGCAGCUUGGCCGAGUGGUCAGCUCGUCGAACUCGCACGCGGUAGUCCCGGGUUCGAGUCCCGCUUUGGCCACUCGCUGGAUUUGUUCUCGAUCGUCCCGAGUUCAAACCCGCGGCCAUGCUUGUAAACCAACUGACGUAAACUAGUUGCCUCCUGCCAGUUUUAUUUGAAUUAUUUCUUAAGUAUUUGAGUGAAGCACCUGUAAAGUUGCUGGAAUGAGCUAAGAGCACUUUCGACUAUAAUUAAACAAACCUCUUAACCUUUUAAUUGCUUUGUCUUCUUGUAUUUCAGCUGAUUUUUGCCUGGUUCAUCUUCUGCUGUCAAGACACCCAGGAAUGCUCUAUCAACACUUUGUUGAAUGUGUGUUCCACUUCAACUCCUUUGAAAAACACAAAGGUGAAGUAGCGGCAUCCGUAAGACUGCGUGCAAACGGACGCAACAAGUAACAACCAGCAAUGUUGGGAGUUGUUGGUCAACAAUGUUUUGUCCGUUUGCACGCAGCCUAAGACUUUCAAAAAUUACCAUAAAAUCCUAGUUCAAAGGUGGACCUACGUUCAUUUAUUCUUCAGUCCGGAUGAGCUGGUUUAAUAAUCAGAAACUGAGCCAGUUAUUAGGUUAUUCAGCCGCCAUAGAUCUGUCCACUGACUCAGUCAAACAAAAGAAUCUUCGCGUGGCUUUUAUUUACUUACUUUUGCCUUUUUGAUUUAGUAUACAACAAGUUUGCACAGACAGACAGAGAGAAGAAACUGUUUUCUCUCAAAGGAGACCAUAAUUCCAGGUAAAUUACCCUUUCUUAUGGCUGAUACCAUCUAUAAAUUGUACUUUAAACUGUUUUGAAUUCUUGUUUUGAAGAUCGUUGACGACUUACGCGAGAAAGAAUUAAAACCGGCCCUUGUAAACAGCCAGAAUGUUGUAUAUAAAUUUCAAUGUGAUUUGUGUGAUGUGGCGGAAUUAUGUAGAAUACACGUUCCGUCACCUUCAUCAACAUGUAGGGGAACAUUGACAUUCGGUAGCUGGCUACCAUUUUAUCGAGAAACACGAUGUAAAGCGGGUAAACCUUGGUGGAAACUCCAAUCAGGUUGAAGGGAAAUUCUUAGCCUGCUCCAGGCGUUCAGAUGGUCUUCCCUUGUUUUUUCCCUUCAUACGAUUUAACUCGCUCCCAACUAUAUGAACGCCGCGCCCUACUAUCUAAACGCCUGCAACAGGCUAGCUCGGUUCUGCAUCGCAGACGUAACUAGCCGGGUUAGACGACGUCUGCUAUUCAAGCUAGAGGCAAACCAGCGAUAGACUUUCUGAAAGUCCGUUUUGGUUGGGUCAUCGUUCAGGAGGGAACUAAAACUGUCGUUUUUCUCUUACCUCGCGCGCAUUUUCGUGACUUCGUCGCUCAAAAGUCAACUUGUAGGCAGGCCUAACCAGCGGGAUUACCAAAGAGAUGAACUCGGAGCAACAAAGAACAAGUUGCUUGAACAGAAAUGCAGCGCCGAGGUCCUCUCGAUCAUUGUGCGUAAUUUUUCGCAAUAAUUAUAAGCAAUAAAGUAAUUUUAACAAAUUUCCCAUGUUUGCUGCGAAGGUUCUGAAAGGCCGUUUUAAAUCAUUAGAUUUAUGAGGAAACGACUGCGAGUAAUUAUGUCUCUAACAUUCAGAUUUUUUUUUUCAGCAAACGGUUCAUCAUAUAUCAGUUCAUGCUAACUCACAUGAGUGAUGAAGACAGGUUUAAUCUCACAGGAAAGCUUUGUCAAGAGGUUUGUUCUGAAUGAUCUCUGCACAGAACAUAUUUCAGUCAGAAUUUGACUGGUUUUCUGUAAUUAACCGCUCGCUAUUGAUGAUUUAAUAGUGUAUUUCAUUAAAUUCAAUUUUGAGCUGAAAGAAUUUUCGUACAGCUUUGAUAUAAGCAAAUGUUUGGGGAUUCUAUUUGUAUAAACUUGCAUAGAAGUUUAACUUCUUCUGACUUGAUUUGGGACCAAUCGCGUAUAAUAAUGAGGAAAAAAUUUAAAGAUUUGGAAGUCGCUAGUGUUUGUUAAAAAUCUUGUGACAUACUGGUAGUAAUGAAACCUGUUCCGGCCCUUACAUGUGUAUUUAACCAUCUCAGAGUUAAAACAUUUAUUGAUUUCUUUCUGGAGGUUCUGGGUUGUUUUACCGAUGGUGUGAUUAGAUUGGAUCAAGAUUCAGCUGCUGUUCUUAAAGACGCACUGCUUAUCCUAAGUAGCAAGGUACAACUGUAUUUAUUUUGUGACAUGCAUGACAGUUAAAGUUACCUAUCCUUUAAGAUGGAAAUGAAGCAUGCAAAUGUUUUUGUUACUUGCUUAGCAUCGGUUUGUUUGAAGAGAGAACACAUUUCAUAGUCGCAAUGAAAUGUCCAUCUGACAGAUCACUGCAUUUUGUGGGUGGUAGGUAUAGAGAGAAUGUCCAGUAUUAACGGCGUUAUUGCUCCAGACCAAACAAAACAAAUACACACUUCAAAGCGAAAUGGGGCAACUGCAAGCACGUCAAUGGUACGGCACGUAUAGAAUGUAACUUGGUGCUACUGUCCAAAGCCUCACUGGAAGCCACACCAGUGAAAUUACAGGAUAAGGGGCGCUAAAACUCCAAGGGAAUGUUAAUGCGCUAACAAGAGACAAAGAAGGCUAAUGUCACGCUUCUUGCUCUUAGCUGUACGAUAAGUUAAGUAUGUAGUUUAGCGCAGUGCCGUUUUUAAAAAAUCGAGCUUGAUAUAGUACCUUUCAUAUCGCAAUAUUUUAUUUUCCAGAACAUCAAACUGUCUUCCAUGAGAACAAAGGCAGCAGAAGACCUCGCAGAUGAGGGAGAUGCAGCAGGAGCUGCUAUUGUUCAAGCAAGAAACAAGUUUCUUACUCAGGUAAUUUAUCCUCUGAGCAAUGUCACUCAAAUGAAUUGGGAAAGAAAUGCCAUUUCGUCAGUUUCCUCUUUCCCUCUUUGGGCUAUUUUUUCCCACACAACACUGGUACAACAUUACGUGAUUUGUUGAAAACUAACGAGAAUAUGGCUUCGCAAAGUCGCAGAAUUUUGCAGACGUUUGUCAGUAUUGUAGUUACCCUGCGAGCAGAGGCUACAUUUUUGCGGUAUUAGCUGGCCGCGAAAAUGUAGCCUCUGCUCGCAGGGUAUAUUGUAGUGGGCCUGCCUCAUACCCAGACGUCUUUCUCUCUCGAUGAAAAUGUACGCGCAAAGGAAGGCAGGAAGCCUGAGGAGGAGACUUGUAGUGGGCAAUUUCGUCUCCCCUACCAUACAAACGUCUGUAAAAUUUCGCGUUUUUGUGGUGCUAUAUCUUCGCUUGCGUUUAACGCGAUAUCACCUUUAACUCAGUAGGUUUCCUAAUUCUAAGCCGCUCUUUCCAGCAGUGUCAAUGAAAAUUUUCUACCUGGUCUUUAUCAAAAUUUGAAAAAUACCGUGGAAGGGUCUGUUGGUAAUCAUGUUCUACGGCAUUUUCGGUAAUUCAAAAAUUGCACAAAUUUUUUACCAUUUUAAACUUGUCUACAUCGUGGUCUCAUACAUAAACGUUCUUUUGGCUCGUCACGCAGUUUUUUUCUUUAGAAACAAAAAGGGAACUGGGACCGAAAUGCAUACCACAAUUGUUUCUGGGAUCGUCACUGGUGACGUGCCGGUCAGCUAUUGGCCAAUUCCUAAGUAACAGUCCCAGAAGUCUUUUCGAAAGUCAACUCGGCCCGGUGUCCUCGUUUCUAAAGUGCCGAAUUUCAAAAGAACGUCUGCAUAGCAGCAGUCUAGCUAUAUUUUACUGGCUAUAUUUGUGAAAACACCCUAAAGAUAGAGAAUAAAGUUCAUACCCAAAAUUGGAAAGGUCUUGGGUUAAUCGUUUCUUAAAUUAUUGGUCAUUUUAACAGGUUUUAAAGAAGAACAUGAUAGAGAACAUCAUACCAAUAAUCAUUGAACUGAAACACAUGGUAAGGUCUUAAUAUUCUAGUCAAAGCCACUUUUAAUAACAGUUAAUAAACGGGACAGUACUUACUUAGUUUUCAUCGACUCGUCACAGUGCAAGCAUUUGCAAACAAACGAAUUUAAAUUUAUCCAAGAAAGCUCUUAUUAGUCGCUCUUUUUUAUCUGAGGCAGAUGGCCAAGCGAAACUCGUGAGUUCGCGAAAUCUCGCGUAACGCGAGGAGACGCGACGAGUGCCGGGGAAUAGGGAUACAAAUUUAAACCAACGAUUUAACUAUUUUUUCUUCCCUCUUCACGUCGCAUCUCUCUGGGCGAUAUUCUGCAAGCUCGCAUAUUUUGGCCUUGCUCCAUAAUCUGAGAAGAAUUAAGGAGCCUGUUCUUACUCUGCUGGCUCCUUAAGCAUCAGUGCUAAUUAUGCUAUUGCAUUUCAGCUUGAAAAGCAGCAUUCUCCUUUGCUCAAAGAGCUGAUGUUUUGUUUGAAAGAAGUCAUGAAGGAUUACAGAUCUGAAGUUCAGGAUGUGCUGUCAGCAGACAGGCAGCUAGCAAAUGAAAUUGAGUUUGAUCUCAAGAGGUUUGAGGAACAGCAGAAAGAACUUGAAGAACAAAGAAGGAAACAAAACACUCCCAACAGCUCUCCACAGGUGUAACCGCGUUUAAUUUUAUCUUUUAACCUCACUCACCUUUGUGCGAAAAGGAAUACACCAUGUCUUGUUUGCUCUUAGCCUCUAUUUCAGUACUUAACCUUGCACACCACCGCACACUUGAAUGAGUUACAUUUGCGCGUAAAUGAAGAAUUGUCACGCUAGGAAAGGAUGGCACAAGAUGCCAGUCGCACAAAGCUUUCUGCAGACGUAAAUUCUAGAGUUAAAAUAUUAUAGAGUUUGCCUCGGCCUGACGUAAAGAGUUGUUCAGGUAGCCCAGGACAAGGUAAUUUAGAGCUGGCCUAGAUUUUGAACUGUCGUUCUUCUAGGAAAAAAGGAAUUACAUAUUACACACGUCCUUGCUUCAUUACUUCUUAAACAGCAGAGACAACCGUGUUCGAACAAGAAGUUAUUCCGCAUUAAGGAUUUUCAUCUAUCAGCAACAAAAAAAUUUUCCUACAAUGUAUUCAGAUGAUAUUACCAACAUAAACAAGCAAAAACUAUUUUUUGAUUGUUUUCUUAGGUUAUUGUCAACAGGCAAACCCCGUCAAUCGGGAGCACCCUAGUCCAGGUUGCAGAGUUUGUUACUCCACAGCUACGGAAUGCCACGCCCUCUCCCAGAAAUGGUAAAGUUAAAGAUUGUAAGGGCGCUUUUCAUUUGUCAGAUCUGGCCGCCCGGACCUUUGCCCGACCAGUCAGUUUGAAAAUGAAAUAGGCUUUUUCCAAGAGUUUUUGCUGAAANAGGAUACAGCAGGUUGUUAGGCGAGGAGACCUCAAGAAAUCACCAGGCUUACAUAGAGAGGCCACCUCGACAUCACAAUAUUGUAUCCCAUAAAGCCCUUAUUUAUCACCCUCAAACUUUGCAUAAGCGUUGAUUCCAGUUCCUCUCGGCACAAUACAAAUUUUAAGAGAAACUGAAGCAAUGAUACGUGAUACGUUUAUUCUGUGAUGUCACUUGUCCUAGUAAUAAAAAUUUUUUUCCCUUGUGGAAUUUUUCCUUUUUCAGCGGCCUCCAACAUUUCUCCCCUUGCCAGUGCAAUAGGGCGAAUGCAAAUCAACAGACGUCACACCCUCGCGGCUGAACCACAGAUGAAUUCUCCACGCACCAGAGCUCUGAAUUCCAAUCUUUCUGUGUUGAUAAGCCCUCUUCAAAACAAACGACGACACACUCUGACCACAGCAGCUCUUCUUAAUUCUGCUCGCAAGGCUGUGGAUCAAGCACAUAGGAUUGCUGAACAAAACAAGAAAAAGAGCAUCGGUUACAUUGAAGACCCAAGAGAAAGCGGUGCUGUGAGAGAGGGACCUGAAAAACGCACUCCUUUGAAGCCUCUAAAUCCCAGGGCUCUAAGAAACAAUGAUGAACGAGCGGCAAGCACACCUGAAGGUAAUACUUAUAUAGGUUUUUUUAGAAUAUACAAUUUUAUGCGAGAAAUUUAGCACCAGGCCCCAGUUGUCAAAAGAUAAAUAACGCUAUCCACUGCAGGGAUAGCGCAAUUAGUUAACCUAUCUACUUAUCCACUAGAUAGUGUUUUAUCCGGUGGAUAGCGCUAUCCAGCUUUUGAAUAACUGGAGCAAGUAACAAAAUAUCGCAUCUUGACGUAUUUGCCAGUAACAUUGCGACAUAAUUUAUCAGGGUCCGAAAUUGCGCCUUUUUUGGUCGCCAAUGCGACUAAAAAUUUAGCCCCGGCGACCAGAAUUUCAUAGCUGGUCGCCAGCUAGCGACUUGUAAAGCUGGUUGUUAUUGUGGACUUUAACUUUCGGAGAAUCUGAUUAAGAAUUGAAACCUCGAAGCUAUUUGCCAACAGGUCUCUUCCUUUUUGACCUGCUGAUAUUUUUUUAUUAAAAGUGAAACGAAUCUUCUUGUAAUAAUACCUUCACAACAGCUACGAUCAAUACGAGUUGAACGUUUCCAAGCCGCCAUGUUGUUUUCAGCUGAAAUACGGUAAGCACGUUAUGUACUUUGUGGCCUGGUACGAGCAACAUGACGGCUUGACUCGUGUUUUAUGUUUCGUGUUUCGUGGUAGUUAUCGGAAGAAAAUAGAGUUUUGAUAUGAUCAGUGCAGUCGUGGGCAGACAGCUUUCUGUUCCUAUGUUCUCGGUUAGAUAGCUUUAUAUCUCCAAGAAGUAAUUUGUGGAAAAAAUAAGACGUCACUGGUACACGUACGGUUGCUUUCUGGUAUCGGGAGCGAAAGUGGUGCAACUUUUGAGCAUAAAAACGUCCAUAUCAUGCAUUUUUUGUUCGUGUUUAGACAAAAGAAAAAAAGGGAGGGAAAAUUUUUGGCGACCACAAUUUGCCCUCUGGCGACCAAAAAUUUAUACUUGAUCGCCAGUUGGCGCCCGCAUUAAAAAGUUAAUUUCGGACACUGCAUAAGGUGAAGGCGAUUUUCCCCGGCCGCCUAAAGAGAGCUACAAAGGCCGCUUUUGCAAUUCAAAAGUUUUAAAUUCACAGGUAGAUAUCAGUGUAUUUCCGGAAGUCAUCUUAUUUACGUAUUUUUGUAUUUGUAUUUUUUUUUCUUCUUAGUAUUUAUAACGCUUAUCAUCUUUGGUGUUAAUCGCAGGGGAAACAACUCAUUUAUCAAGGAUUUCAUUUUGUGUGAACAACAGUGCUACAGCGCCACCAUCUCCUAUACCAACAUCCUUGCCAAUUAGGGUGUAUCCUGCGGAGGAUAAAGGUAUGUCUUGUCUUGCCAUCUGAAAGCUGUACAGGCUGCAUCCUCCUCAGGCGCUUUGUUUUCCCGUUUUUCGAACAGAGACGAGCGCGAAACGCGAGUGACUGGUGACGAAGCGCAAGGUACCAUGGGAGGGCAAAAUACGAGAAACUUCUGGGUAUGAGGCAGCUGUGUAGGCUUCUUUCAUUACUCUUUUGAUGACUUCCUUCCCAUCCUACCAUCUCCAAAAAAAGGAGAGAAUACUUUCAGAGAAACAACUUAGACACUCUCGGAGGAGGCUCCUCCUCAGAGGCUUCUUUUUGUUGUACGGAGGUAGGGGAGAGGGGGAAAUGAAAGCGCAGGGGUCGAUGGGAAGGGGAAAGAGAAGCCGCCUUUUCCCUCUUCCCAUCGUCUGCCGCGCCCUUUCUAUUUUUCGAUCAUGCUAUUUUCAUUGAGAUACCCAGCUAGAGCCUCUUGCGGAGAAAAGAGGAACUUAGAUGCCUAUGGAUAGCCCCUACACUUGUUAACGUCAGACGUCACGUCAAUGAUUUCCCGAGGCAGUGAGUUGAAAAGAAUAUCCACGCACAAAGAAUGUAAAUACAAAGAAUUUUGCUCACAAACGAGGCGUGGUGAUGAAAUUGCUCGUCUGACGUGAUCAUGCACAAGUGUCUUUCUUAUCAGCUUUGGUAAAACUGAAACGGACAUUUUUUAAGAAAAGUGAUAACAACCCAGCCCUGAUUCUUUCAGAGACUUCACCAAGCUGGGUAGAGGGCAAAGCUACUGAAGCAGAAGAGAUUGAAGAUGGGGAGGAAAACAAGGAACAACAAAUCAUCUGUUUAAUGUCACCUGAACAGAAGUAUGUAUGAGCUAUAAGGGACUGGUCAAAAAGUACUGGCGGGUGGGCGGGCCGGAGCAUUUGGAAAUGUGGUGUAUAAAAAACUCAUGGCCCACCCCACCCCACUCUAUACUUUUUGACCAGUCCCUAAAGGACAAAAACACCAUCGAUCGGGUUCCGUUGGUACGGUCAUUUUAUACUAAUCCAGAAUCAAGUAAGCACAGUCAGAUUAAACUUUGUAGGCAUACAACUCAUUUUACUCACGCUUAGUGUUGCUGCUUUGAAUUAAAGAAUUUAUUUUGUUUUUGUAGACCUCCAAAACCCAGGACUUGGAAUAUCAAAUCUCCAGUAAGUAAUCAAGAUUCAUAUUGAAAAUCAUUGAUUCCAUUUACAUUCAAACCUCUCAUAAGAUCACCCGAAAUGCGAAGAAUUAAUGGUCGCUUGAGUUUAUCACUUACGAGAAUCAAUCCACAGGGGUCUCUACCGAGAAGAGUCUGGACACAUCUAUUUGGAAGAGAAUUUAUUGCAUGCAAUUUCUAAGUUAUGAUAUGUGUGGUUUCAAGUUGUUACUGAAAGUUCUUCGUAUACACUGAUCAAAGCGACCACGCCAUACCUCAAGUGGUCGGUUACAAGGGACUGAAAACAAUGGAAAACUAUAGAACCGUCAGCCCAAAAUUGGUCGUGGUCGUAUACGAGAAUUCUGAUUAUAAAGCUUUGUUUGGGAAAAUUGUGGUGUUCUGGGUCUGUGGUCGCGUAUGGAAGUUGGUCUUAUGGAGUUUCGAAUGUAUGAUGAAAUCAAAACAAACCACUAUUUUACAACGAAACCUCGAUAUGACGAUUAUAGUAGAAUAUGUAAAACAGGACCCUGACAUUGGACAUUUUACGGUCUCGCUUGAGACUGGACCGGUGUUCUCUCGAAUUGCACUGUGGGACUGUUUGGGCGACGAAGAUCGUCCCAGGUUUCUGCGCAACCUCUUAAUGGCUCACUUCGGAAAAGAGUGAUAGCCUGGGACCCAAGCUAAGCGCGCGCUCACUUAUGGGAUUGUUUGGGGGGAAACAAGUCGAGCAGCCACCUUGAAUAAUGACGAGAUAUGCAAGUUGUUUGUGUUUUUUUACACAAAUAACUUCAGGAACUUCUCAGUCCGCGCAUGCUUACCUUUAUACGAGCUGCGUUUUCUUUCCGGUUGUUUUGGCUCCACCGCACAGAAGCCAUAUCUGGAGCUGUUUCACGGUGCAUUCUUCUGGUUUUUCUCGAGGUAAAUUGCCCCAGGCACAUCUUCCUUCAGCUUCACACUUAUUUUUUUUUCUCUCAAUUCCACCUUCCGUUUUGCUAUUUUGAGCUGUUUUAACCCAGCCGAAACAUUCCACUUCGCUUUCCGCCAUGAUUGUUUACAUUUACGUCCCCAAAUAAUCCCAUAAAUGCGCGCGCGCCUAGUUUGGGUCCCAGGCUAUCCGUCUUUUCCAAAGUGAGCUAUAGGAGCUAUAGAGCAUUUUCACAUGACGUCACCGCGGCCGUAUGGUGUACCAAGACAAUCCUGUGGGAGUUGAACUCUUUUCUCAUGUCAAUGAUGUAAACGCUUUCUUCUGUUCUAUAGCGUAGAUACUGAUAACGUGAGUGAAACUUCUGUAUAGCCGAUGAAAGAAGCGACAGCAUCCCUAAAACGUUCCCGCCAUACAGUGGAACCUCGAUAUAACGAACCUCUAUAUAACGAAGUCCUCAGUAUAACGAAGGAUUUUGUUUACCCCAGUAACAGCAAAAUAUAUGGAAAAGUACCUCUAUAUAACGAAACCUCGUUAUAGCGAAUAAAUUUUGCCAGUACCUUGGUACUUCUUUAUAUCGAGGUUGCACUGCAGUGCCCUGUGUUAAACGGAAUCACAAAACAACUAACGUAUCCUCAUUUUAGCUAUGGCUAAUGGGUUCUUACCAUUUACAUGGGAAAACCGGAAAUUCCGGUAGGAAAAUCAAAUGGUUCGCGUCAUUUCCGGUUGGGAAGCUUCAGUAAACAUGGGCUGUGAUUUGCGACGAUGCAAUUUUUCUACUCCAUUUAGUCUGUUCAGCUGAUUUGGAAAUACUUUGUAGCGGGUUUUUCUCCCACCAUGUCAAAUUUUAUAGUUUUAUGUUUAUGCGCAAGAUUUCCAGCCGCGUAGGUUGUGUUAGCGGUUAGGUCCCCGCGUUUCCAGUCCCCUGGGCCUUUAUAUUGGGGUUCUACUGGGCAUAAAUUGCGAAAUCAGGGUUGAAUUACCCCGAAUGGCACCUACGUUAUAAAAGCGAUUUCCACUUGUGAAUUGAGACUGCCUCAAUCAAAGUUUUAGAUUUUUUGUGAGUUGUGAUCAACUUUAAAUUUUCGUAGACAAACCCAAACUGUAAUGUAACUUACCCUUUGGUUUAUUGCGUUUUCUAGGAUCGUAAAAGGCAUUCUACCAGGAAGGCAAACAGCCAAUCACAGAAUGAUUCUGUUGCCGGAAGGACAAGGUCUCGGAAACGAAAGUGA